AUGAGACCUCAGGGACAGCAUAUUUCUGAUCGUCUGACUGUUGAGGUUGACUGCCGCUCCCUUGGCCCGAGCGAAUGCCCUUCGAUGACCUCGAGCUUCUCGCCUCUGGAUUCUCCUACCCCGACUCCUACAAGUAUCUACAGCCAGAACUCGAUGGCCUCCCCCGGAUGGCAUGAGACUGGCCAGUAUCACAGCCUGCCAAUGGAAAGACGAACAUCUGCCACGCCACUGCGCAGUGCAUUCAGGAUGGCCGACCUGACGUCCAGCGACAGUCUCAAUAUGCAGUACGGGGCCGUGGAGCGCCAGGACCAGAUGGCUGUUCCAGAGUACAUGCCUGGCUAUGAUGAGAAUACCGAGCCGUUCUGGAUUCCAUCCGACAUGCCCAAGACCUACGAUCAGGCCAGCAGCUUCCCCUACCAGGCCCCGAUGCCGCAGUAUAACAACAUCCCGCGCCAAUACUACCGGCCGCAGCAGCAGACUGGGUAUCUUCCCGAAUCUGCUUCCAACCCUUGUCUGUCACGACCCAUCUUCAACCAGCAUGAGCGUAUUCCCAACUCGGUGUCUAUGUCCAAUAUGCUUCCAUGGAUGCAGGCAAACGAAUCUAUGACACCCCAAACUAUUACCCCUUCCCAGGCGUUUCCUCAUCCGCCUGUGACCCCGCCUCCUUCUUCCUACUCUGAGUUUCCUACUUCUCUGCCUACUUUCAAAACCCAGACACCUUCCACUCCUGUUCGGUCGUCUUUGGGCACCCCGUCUGCCACUGACAGCCCUAUGAGUCGAGUCUCUGGUGGAAAUGCCGAAUAUAUCGAAGACUUUCAGCUGUCUCCUGUUUAUCGCGACGGCAUUAUUACACGCCCACACCGCCAGGCUUCCCGCAAAUCUUCCAAAAAGCAGCUGACUCGGUCCAACCUGAGCUUGGAGAACUUGCCCCCUAUCAUCAAACAGGUGCAAUUCAAGUGCAAAGAGGCUGGGUGCAAGGGCCGCUUCAAGCGUCAGGAGCACCUCAAGCGUCACAUGAAGAGUCACUCUAAGGAAAAACCCCAUGUGUGCUGGGUUCCCGGGUGCCAUCGUGCAUUCUCUCGCAGUGACAAUCUUAAUGCGCACUACACCAAGACCCACAGCAAGCGCGGCGGCCGUAACCGCUAUGUUGCCACCCUCGAUGACACCAGCCCCGAUUUUGACCCUGACUUCCGUGGCCAGCUGACCCCCGAGGGUCGCCCGAUCUGGGGCAGCAAGCUGGAUGACAACAUGACUGACUGCCGCGAGCUGAGCGUGGAUGGCUGGGAUGAUUAG